AUGUCGACGUCGCACAUCUUUGAAUAUAGCAAAAGCAGCAGAGCAACUUGCCAUGGGCCUUCACCGUGUAAAGGUACACCCAUCGAGUUAGGAGCCCUGCGGUAUGGAGAAACCACGUUCGGGGAGUACGGGGAGACUGUGCAGUGGAGACAUUGGGGAUGCGUGACUCCAGAAAUUUUGGGACGGUUGGCGACUGUGAAGUUAGAGCGUGUACCAGGAUUUAACAAGCUCAUGUCCGCAGAUCAGUCUAAAGUUCGGAUAGCAGUUGGUCUGCGUCGCGUCGAUCCUUCUGACGUUCCAGAAAGUGCCAAAGUGCCGAAGACUCUUGCUGGCGAUGUGCACACUAUUCCUAGUCCUAAUGCACCUGAAACACCAGGUCCCAGCCAGAAGAAGAGAAAGGCCGCCUUUGAGGCUGCUACGGGCGCGUCGCUGACCCCGACUCAGGCAAGUUCGUCACAAGAGCCCGGCCCGCAGUCCCACCGCCGCAUUUCUCAACAAGUAUCCUCCGAAGUGAUUGAGAUCGAAGAUGACGAAGAGGUUGUAGAAGAGGAACCCAAGGACGAGUUGUAUUGUAUGAUGAAGACUAGCAUUGUCGGCGUACAGUAUUACAAAGGGCUAGUAGGCCCUGGAGAAGAGGUCCGGCUUGUUAGGGAGCCGCACAACAAGUACGACAGGAAUGCAAUUCAAGUGAAGAACAUAGGCAAUACACAAGUUGGACAUAUCCCACGACAAAUUGCCGCGAAGUUGGCACCUCUGAUGGACCGCAACGUAAUCACUGUUGAAGGUGUCAUGCAUGAGGGAAAUCUCACCGGCUUUAGUUAUUCCCUUUCAAUGACUCUGAAAAUCUAUGGCCCUUCCGACAAACGAGCUCAUCUUGAGCCGCAACUCAUAUGGGCCACCCCUCAGCAAGGGGGAUUCUCCAAACCGGUUAACGGAGUGAGAAAGGUCCCCGGCGCUCCUGCUAACAGCAGUGUUCGCGUUCCAUCAUACUCGCAGCCUGUCGCGGGCCCCUCAAAUUCGCAAGUACCCUCACAUUAUGCGAGUCAACGUCGUCCUGCCGGGAUGACGGCUUCGCAGGUUGCCGCGCAACAAGAGGCAACGCGGAAACAGCAGGAGGCGCUACAGAAGGCGGCGGAGUUGCGCCAGAUCUUGAACAAUUUGGAGAAGGUGGAUGACGAAGGCCGGCGUAGCUCUUUACUCGAUACUCUUUGUUCGGUCGACGACGUGCUCAACUUGCCGUUGCACCCGAGCCCACCGGGCAUUCAGAGUGGCGAUUUGAAAGUCAACUUGCUGAAGCAUCAGAGUCAGGCUCUGCAAUGGUGUAUUGAACAUGAGUACCCGGUGCUCCCGAAGAAGGAAACAGAUAAGCCUGUGCAAUUCUGGCAACUGAGGAAGAACGGAAGCAAGAAUUAUUACUACAACAUUGCUACCAAAACGCCUCAAGAAGCUGCUCCUUUUCUUGGAAGGGGUGCUCUAUGCGCCGACAGCAUGGGUCUAGGCAAGACGUUGACAAUGCUAUCUCUCAUCCUGGCCACGAGUGCCGAUGUCCCAAUAGACUAUUCCAAGGCAACCCUGAUAGUGGUCCCACUCUCAGUCAUGUCAAAUUGGGAGAAGCAGAUAGAAGAUCAUAUACAGCCCGGAGUACUUACGUCCUGCGUGUACUACGGGACGAGCCGCUCAAUGACCGCAGCACAACUGAAAAUUUACGAUGUCGUCAUUACGACUUACCAGACAGUUACCAAGGAGCAUGGCGAUCUCAGUGGCGCCAACGGAGGGGAACCUUCCAAGAAACGGAAGAAGAUGGAGAAGGCGUUAUUCGACGUUCAAUGGAAGCGCGUAAUACUCGACGAAGGUCAUAAUAUCCGUAAUCCUCGCACUAAGAUGGCCAAAGCUGUCUGUGCUCUUAGUGCUCAGCGACGCUGGGUCUUGACCGGUACACCUAUUAUUAAUUCACCAAAGGAUCUUGGCUCCAUCCUUACCUUUCUGCAAAUCUGCCGACCUCUCGACAAUGAAGAUUUCUUCAAGCGGAUGGUGCUGCGCCCGCUUAAGGAUGGUCAGCCUGCUGGUGCUGAAUUGUUGCGUGGAUUGAUGAGUCACGUCUGCAUUCGCCGUACCAAAGAGAUGCAAGAUAGCGAGGGGAAUACUCUGAUCCCUCUGCCUCCCGUGGAUAUAACUCUCGUACCUGUCGCUCUCACGAGAGAAGCUAGGGAGCUAUACGAUGCAGUGGAGCAACUGUCCAAGGAACGUUUCAACAACCUAGUCGAACGUCAUGGAGGGAUACAUUCAGCUGCUGUGCAAUCCAACGUACUCAGUAUGCUGACGCGUAUGCGUCAACUGGCAUUACACCCCGGCCUCAUUCCUGCGAACUAUCUAGAACAAUUGCGCGCUGCUGAUCAAGAUGAAGACGUUCCUAUGGAGGCUGUCAAUGUCACUCCUGAGGAGAAAGCACGUCUGCAAGAUGUUCUUGCGCAAGGCAUUGAGGACAACGAAGAAUGUCCCAUUUGCUUUGGCAUCUUGGCCGAGCCAAGGAUCACAAACUGUGGUCAUAUGUUCUGUCUAGCUUGCAUCACGGAGGUCAUUGCACGCGAUCCAAAGUGCCCGAUGGAUCGGCGUCCAUUGGGAAUGGGUGGCUUAACAGAGCCUCUACCCCCGUCUGACCUCACUCAGGCACCUGUCCGGCAAGAUGAUGAUGAGGAUGAUAACGACAGUCUGCGGUCCGGUUCUUCUGCGAAGAUAGAGCAGUUGGUGGACCUGUUGAAGCUCACACCUUCCACGGAAAAAUCACUAGUAUUCUCACAGUUCACGUCUUUUUUGGAUAAGAUCGCUGAAACUCUUGAGAAAGAGGGCAUUUCGUACGUCCGCUUCGACGGGAAGAUGUCUGCAAGGCGACGUCAGGAGACUAUUGCGCGCUUUUCGGUUCCUCUAGACGGAUAUUCCAGCUCUGUGGGGAUGUUAUCAUCUACGCAAGCGAGUUGCUCCCAACCACAAUCGCAGUCAACUCGCCCACGGACCCGGUCUAGUCGUGUCAGCUAUGCUGAAGACCAUGCAGCAUUCCGUGAUGACGACAAUGAUGCUGACUUUGUUGAUGGAAAUGAUAGCGAUUUCAUUGACGAUGAUGACGACGACGACGCUCCCAAGAAGAACAGACAGGGGAAGGGGAAGGGGAAGAGGGCGAGGAUUAGUAACAUCGUGUCGACCACCACCUUCAACGGUUCCAGCUUUGACGGUGUGAAUCCGAAGGUCAUGCUCAUCUCUCUCAAGGCGGGUGCCUUGGGUUUGAACUUGACGGUGGCCAACAAUGUGUAUCUAAUGGAUCCCUGGUGGCAGGAAGGAAUCGAAUCUCAGGCCAUCGACAGGUGCAAUCGCAUAGGACAGACGAAACCGGUGCAUGUCUAUCAGCUCAUUGCUGAGAACACCGUGGAGUCCACGGUUAUUGAUAUUCAAGAGAAGAAGCAGGUCAUGAUCAAAGAAGCCUUCUCCGGUAUCAAGAGUAGAGAAAGUCAGCGCCAGAAGAAGGAAGCUAGAUUACAAGAACUUGUGGCGCUAUUCGGUAUUCGACAGGAAGCGGCAUCGCAGAACGGGGCUGGAAAGCAAACCACCCUAGACGACUGCCAUGCUUAA